AUGUCUGAAAAAGUGCAGUCUCUGGCUUCGACUGUUUACAAGGAAUUUGAGAAAAUGAUACAAAAAUAUGACGAAGACGUUGUUAAAGAACUUAUGCCUUUAGUUGUUGGCAUCUUGGAAAGUUUAGACAUUUCUUAUAUUGAGAAGCAAGAAAUUGAGGUUGAACUAGAAUUAAUUAGAGAUGAUAAUGAACAGUUAUUGACCCAAUAUGAAAGAGAAAAACAGCUUCGAAAAGCCUCAGAACAGAAAUAUCUGGAAAUGGAAGAUGCCAUUGAAGGUGAUAAAAAGAGUAUGGAAGAUAAAGUUGAGAGUAUGGAAUCUAUUAUUAGAAUGUUGGAAUUAAAGGCAAGGAAUGCUGCAGAUCAUGUCACAAGAUUAGAAGAAAAAGAAUCAGAAAUGAAGAAAGAAUAUAAUAAAUUACAUGAAAGAUACACAGAGUUAUUUAAAACCCAUAUGGAUUAUAUGGAACGAACUAAGAUCUUAAUGGGAACAGAUAAAUUAGCAGAACUCACAGGAAACAGUCCAAGAAUAAAGGGUUUCCAGUUGCCCAAUUUACGACCAGUUAGUAUGAUAUUGAACUCUAGUGAAACUCCAAAUAGAGGUGAUAAUAGCCCAGUGACGUUUGAUAUAACAACACCUUCCAGUGGUAAAGAUUCUAAUGUCAGUAUCAAGAGUGAACUGGCACUGACGGGUGAGUGUAAAGUUGAUACCAGUGAUAAAGAUCAGAUGACUGAUGUAAUCAACAUGGCAGAUGGCAGUACUACCACAACUAAUACAAGAUUAACUGAUACUAUUGCAUCAAUAGUUGCCUCAACACCAGAACUUGAUGAUAAUAGUGAAUUUAAUAGAACUAAUCAAGUAGCUAAUGAUUCAGGGGCCAGAAAUAGGGGUAAAAAUACUAUUUAUGAUGAACUGGCUGUAUCUAGUGGUGAUAUGAUAGCUGAUGUUGAUUUCGGAGCAGACAUUACUGGAAUGGGUAAAGAAUUGGAGAAUUUGAUCUUAGAAAAUACAGAACUUUUAGCCACAAAAAAUGCUCUCAAUAUAGUCAAAGAUGAUCUCAUAGCUAAAGUUGAUGAACUAAGUGGUGAACAAGAAAUAUUAAGAGAAGAAAUAACAUCACUGCAGGCAGUGAAAGGAAGAUUACAGCUGAGAAUAUCUACACUAGAAGAAGAAUUAAAGAAAACUAAAGAAGAAUUAGAGAAGAAGAGUCAACCUGCAUCAACUGAAGAAGAGAAAAAAAAAGACGAUGAUUCUAAAGAGAAGAGUGAUGAAAGUGAAAAAAGCAGCCUAGGUAAUGAUAAACUUUCUCCAUUCAACGUAUAA